AUGGAUAUUGAUCAGACGGUUUUCUAUCUCCUCUCGGAGAACCCCUACGCUUUAGACAUCAUUCGACAUCCUGAAAAUAGCAACCGAACAUGCCAGGACCCUAGAGACCCAAAGAGUCCAUGCCUGUGGAUUGGAUUGGUCCAAGAGUCCAAGAGCCCACCGUAUCUCGUCAGCUUCGGUAGACGAGAUCAUAGCGAUGUCAACGACGACCAUGAAGACGAAGGCGGGGAUGGAGAGAUAAGGGAGGAGAAGCUUGGCUUUCCCAUAAUAUUGGAGGGCCUUCGGCAAUGUGUCGUGCUUCUCAAGCCUGACUUGUACCACGAUCCUUAUCUAGUGGCUCUUCCAGAUCCGCGACGUUAA